AUGAAGCUAUGUAAGAAAAACUGCUUAUUCGCUUUUGAGUGGGCUCCUGAGAAAGUGGGACUUGUUAGUGGUAUUGUCGCAGCUGGUUUCGGCGUCUCUUCGUCUAUUUUCGCACCAAUACAAACAUGGAUUAUCAAUCCGAAGAAUCUGCCAUCAACGCGUGAUGGGUGGGCUUUAUCCAACUAA